UGUAGUUAAACCGUUGUCGUUUCCGGUGGCGGGAACGAGCUAAAGAAGAUGGUUAUUGAUUAUGUCUUGGUAGUAAGUGUUUUGUCGCUGUCAAUGAUAUCCAAGUCGUUGCUCGUGCACCUACAUUAAUAAAGAAUGUAACCUACAACAACACUGAAAAUGGCAAGUUUGCAAGGGGAGGAAACUCCUGAUGGGGAUUGCACAUCGCCGACAGCUAAAGCUGUAGCAGAACUGAAACAAGUCUGUCAAGAGAAGUGGGAGGCUGUUAAGACAAAUCAUGAAUUGAUUACAAAAACCAGUGAUCCCAAAACUGUAGAUGAUGUUUCUCCCCUUUUAGCAAUUUUGCAAGAAAAGGAGAAACGAUUGAAGGGUGAGAUUGAGACUGUAAAAAACUCAAAGCCUAGUAUCUUACCUGAAAAUCCUGACAUCCUCAGAGAAGUGCUGAGAAAGGACCUUACCAAGAGUAUAUCCCAACUGCAGGAAGUUUUAACCUUGGUAAACAGUCAGAAAAAAGAGCUGACUCAGCAAAUAUCCCGUGAGGAAGAAAUUCAGAGACAAUUGCAAGCGGUUCAUACUUGUCUGGAGAUUAAGCUGGAGGGUAUUGCUAACAAUGACGAGGAAGAGGUCACCAUGUCGUCUGUGAUGUCCGAACUUGAUUUAAAGAUUCGGAAAGGGGAGACAAUGAACAGGAGUUUGACAAAGAGGCUGGUGCAUUUUGUCAACGAACAUUUCCCUUUGCCAAGUGUUGAAGAGGUAAAGGCUGGGAAGAAGAAACUACGAUCGAGUGACAAGAAGAUAUCCAUGGAAAAUCUUGUCCCGUUUAAAGUGGUGCUUCAAGAACUGAUGAAUAAGUGUAUCGACGAACCACACGACCCUUAUGUGAUAAUUACUAACCGAUUCUGGCCACCGUACAUUGAACUUUUGUUGCGAUGUCAGAUAGUGCUUCGACAUCCUGAGGAUGACCAAAGAAUCAAGCUUGUUCCAUUUCAUUUAUGAGGUUGUGGUAAAAAGAUGAUGGCCUUGCAUUACCCUUGUACUGAUGACCACCUCCGUGUUCUAGUGGAUACACUGUAUAGAACGUCUGCGAGAGAGUGGAAGCUUGGUGGUUCUAGCCCUGGCCUUGACAUACCAAAAGAUGGUACUUGAUGCCACUCUAUCUGGCGCUCGGAAAUAUGGGGGUAAAAUAAGGACUGGUUUGUUUGGAGUAUACUGUGUUUUAGUGGGAUGUCCAUGUGAACUAUGGUAUGUCACUGUCCUACACUAUAAAACCGGGAUGACUCAGACUUGUACAUAUCUGCUGUAUGAGUGCAAUAAUCUUGAAUUUCAACACUCCGCGAUGCUGUGCUGACUCCCAGAUAUGUCACAUUGGGGUUUAUGGACAAAACCCUUAAAACUGUUUUGCCCCAUUUCAAAAUUUUUUUCCUAGUCUUCUGGCUAAUUGUUUUUGUUUGAAACAAGUCUGAUCCUGUUGCUAAGGCUUAUAAAACUAAUGUUUUCCAACUUUUAAACAAUAAAACUUUGGUUAGUCAGCAGGAAAAUUACUCUCUUAUAAGCUGGGGGAGGGCAUUGCCCAAAGGCACAUUUGAUUUCUAUGGGGAUGGGGAUUAUUUUGAGAACUAUUUUUUCCCCAGUUGUAUCCAACAAUCUUUUUAUUUACUGAGGACAAUCAAACAAUCUAUUCAUUGUCACUAAUAUCACCAAACAAUUUGACAUCUGAGUAUUUUCCACAAAACAAAUUAUGCAUUGAUUUCACCAUUGCCAAUAAACCAUUCAUUCGGGCAUAUUUCUGAAAACAUUAUUUUUAAAAUCUCUCUCUUCUAAGUUCACUCCAGGGGCACGGGUGGCCCAGUCGUCUAAGGCGCCACAAUUCGCUGUGCAGAGUUGCAUCCCUUGGGCAUGCCAGAAACCUAUGAUUGUAGGUUUGAAUCCCGGUUUGCCCCGAAUCUGUUUCUAGGUUUGUCAGCACCAUACCAGUGCUCGUGGGUUUCACUGAAGUGGUAAAUGUCUGAGACCUGCAUCACUUCGGGCUUUCCUCCUACAUUAAGCUGACACACCGCGAUAUAACUGGAAUACUGUUAAAAACUCACUCACUCACUAAGUUCUCUCCCCCUACCCCACUGGAAAUCAAAUGGAUGUUCCCUAAUAGUGGUUAUUGUGUUUUUUGCCAAUUACCUGGGUGUAUCCCUAUGAUAAGAUUAAUAUUUUUAAUUCUAAAUCCAAAUUUUAAGAGCACAAGGCCAUUUUCUACUUUUGAGUUCUUCCAUGUGUACUCACCUACAUUAAUCAUGUUAUGCUGAGACUAUAUGUAGUAGUACAGUAGAAGAGAGACAGUCAUAGUGUUGUUCAUGUGACAUUUGGGAAAAGGUCCCUGGUCAUACCAGGAAGCUGUAUAGAAUUAUGUAUGUGUAUAUAUUGUUUGUAAGCAAUGUUUAUCGUCAUCAUAUGAAUGUUCUAAGGCAUAUAUAUAAAUGUAUAUUUGUAUGAAAAACAAUCUCAACAGACUAUGAUAGACUUUCAGAGAAUCAGUUUGUUGCCUGGAAAAUGUUCCCACUCUGUUGUUUACACUUAAUAAAUGGUAAGGGGGCGGUCAAGUAGCCUAGUGGUUAAAAGUUCGCUCGUCAUGCGGAAGACCCGGGUUCGAUACCCGACAUGGGUACAAUGUGUGAAGCCCAUUUCUGGUGUCGCCCGCUGAGAUAUUGCUGGAAUAUUGCUAAAAGCGGCAUAAAACCAUACUCACUCACUCACUAAUAAAUGCUAAGGCAUGAUAGAGUGAGAAAUUAUAGGGCUUUGAAUUGUACAAGGUAUUUACUUGACACUUGUGUAGGUAUGAUAAACCAAAGACACUAUUUUGUGCACCCAUGAAGAUCCGGGGUAGAAUAGGUCUUUGGCAACCCAUGCAUGACAUAAGAGGUGACUAUCCUUGUCAAAAGAGGCGACUAACGGAUCGUGUCAGACUUAUGAUGCAUGUCAUCGUAUCUCAAUUACGUGGAUCGAUGCUCAUGAUGUCAAUCACUGGCUUGUCUGGUCCAGACUCGAUUAUUUACAGACUGCUGUCAAAUAGCUGGAAUAAUGCUGAGUGCGGCGUUAAUCAACAAACAAACAAACAAACAAACAUUAUUUUGUGAUCAUACAAUAUAUAUUACUAUGCUAAGUUCACAAUAUAAUAUGCCCCUAUGGGGAUUCUGGGUUCAAAUACUAGUAUGUGUCCCCAGAAACCUAGGUGACUACUUAAAACAUCCCAAUCGUGUGGAUCGAUGCUCAUGAUGUCAAUCAUUGGAUUAUCUGGUCCAGACUGGAUUAUUUACAGACCUCCGUCAUAUAGCUGGAAUAUUGCUGAGUGCAGCGUUAAUCAACAAACAAACCAACUUAAAACAUGGGUAGUCAGACUCAGUGUAUUGAGCAGAUCCUUGUCACAAUAUUGUUCACUGGUGUCAGAUUUGUUGAACCAGCUGAAGUAAAGAUAAUGAACAUAAUUAGUACAAUUUUGGAAACAAUCCAUAAUACAUGUAUAUCAAUACAGGAUGAAGCGCAUCAUCUUGUUGAUUUCGAGUUGCUUCUGUGAUUUGUUUCAGCCUUGUAUGAGUUUUGUUGAACCAGCUGAAGUAAAGAUAAUGAACAUAAUUAGUACAAUUUUGGAAACAAUCCAUAAUACAUGUAUAUCAAUACAGGAUGAAGCGCAUCAUCUUGUUGAUUUCGAGUUGCUUCUGUGAUUUGUUUCAGCCUUGUAUGAGUUUUGUUCAAUAGCUGACACUCCUAGUCACUUCGCCCUGUUCUUUGCUUGCCAACCAACAAACCGUUUCGUACAUUGCCAAGGCAGAAAGAACACGACUGGCCUUGUUACUCGUCAUAAUGUCUUAUGGGUUCCGAAAAGAAACAAAAGUUUGUCUGUAUAUCAGUACUUGACGCUGACCAAAAUUUGUCACUGGUCCAAAGGACCAGCACAAAAAAAUCAACUGGUCCUGUUGGAUCUUACUAAUCACAAUGGAGCUUCGAGUUAAGACUUGAUCUAUCCAAAUUUCAAAGUCAUACAAACCUACUUUGUUCCUUCCCAAAAUACCACUGGACCACCAUUUGUUUAGUUUUACUGGUCCUUAAGAAAAUAUACUGGACUCGGACCAGUGUUAGUAUCGAGCACUGUCAUAUGUUAUGAAAAAUACAAUGGGGAGUGAUUGUUGAUAUUAAUGUCAGUGUUUGAAAUUAAGCGGGGUCCAUUGUUGUUGUUUUUUAUUGCAGUAUUUGAAUCUAGGGACUCCCAUGAUCUUCAACGCUUUUUUAGGGUUGUGAUUUACAUGCUUAACAUGCUUAAGAUUGAACACUGUCAUAUGAACAUUGUCAUUCUGAAUUAAAAAAACCAAACUUGGUUCCUUUCGAAAGUGAAAGUUUUUUGUUACUUCUAUUUGGUAAUAUUCGUUUGGGAGGAGAGAUAACUCGACCACACUCUAGUUCAUGCAGUGGUAAUGUUUCCUAUUCAAUAAGGCUGUUGAAUAAUCAUUGCUAUAUGGUUCUGACUCGAGUAUUUAACGGCCGCCGCCAUAUAGCUGGGAUAUAUUUGUGUGUGCGACGUUAAACAGUGACUAAUCACAAUUCAAGAUACUUUUUAUGCAUGGUAAUUUUAGGAUAUGGUAGGUCCCUGUGUUUCUGCUUCUCUUGCUAGUCACCAAUGAGGCUGGUGUUGUGGGUCCCGUUUCACGAUUUUAGCGCUACAGAUAUCGUAUAAAUGUUACUACGAUUGCCUUAGCACGAACAUCGCGGGCGGGCGCCAGGGCGCAAGUCACUGUGCGGAGUUGCGUCCACUGGGCACACCAGAAACCUAUGAUUGUGGGUUCGAAUCCUGGUUCGCCCCGGUUAUGUUUCUUGGUUGGUCAGCACCAUAUCCGUGCUCAUAGGAUUCACCGAAGUGGUAAACGUCUGAGACCUGCAUCACUUCGGGCUUUUCUCCCGCAUUAAGCUGGCACACCGCGAUAUAACUAAUACUGUUAAAAGCGGCGUUAAACCCAACUCGCUCACUCUUUAUAACGUGAAUCACAUGGCUUGACCGCAAAUUCUUUGAUUGGCAUUGUAAGUUGUGUAAGGUUAUGAAGCAACUGUACUGAUGACAACCUCUUGAUUUAUAUCUGCGACUGUUGCAGGUAUUAGCACAUCUUUCAAGCACGGGGACGCCUCCGAGUAAUGUUAACCAUACAAUUGCUUGUUAUCACUUAACAUAUCAUUAUGUGACACUCUCUGCUCUUCAAGGGCGGUCAGGUAGCCUAGUGAUUAAUCCGUUCGCUCGUCACGCCGAAGACCCGGGUUCCAUUCCUCAUGGGUACAAUGUGUGAAGCCUAUUUCUGGCUUCACACUGUGAUAUUGCUGGAAUAUUGCUAAAAGCGGCGUAAAACCAUACUCGCUCACUGCUCUUCAGGGUGUGAUGACCCUAACUACGACAUGUUAUUUAUCGAAUGCUUGGUAUAUAUGAGUGUUUACUCCAAACAUUGCUUGUGAUAAAUGAAGUAAAUGAAAUAAAGCAAUUUAAUUCCG